GGGUGAGGAGGGGUGGAGGUGGGCGCAGAGCGCGCACGCGCUCUGGUGCGCUGUGUCGCCCCGUCCGCCCUACUCUUCUCUGCGGGUCACGCUCGCUGAACCAUCUUGGCAGACAUCAUCGGGCUGACCUUGGCUGCCUGUUCCGCUCUACUCGUGGCGGGCAGGGAAGGGGCAGGGAACGGGAGAUGGGGGCAGAGUAAGUUGUGCUCUUGCAUUCUUCCGACCCCCCAUUCUCGUCGUACCGAUCAGACGCUGCGGCAGGGAACUCUUCUCCAUGCCGGGUGGUCUAACUUCACCGUCUUCUCCAUUUCUGCCUGCUCUCUUUUGGUUCUUGUCAGUUUAUCUCCUCCUCCUCCUCCUCCAUAGUGGAUGCGACGAGGUGCCACCUCUAAGCGAACGCUGAGCGAAAGGCUACCCAUCCCCGCCCUGCCUAUCCCGGCCUUACGUCGUAGCUGUGCUGCCUCGAAGUCGGCCUCACGAGUGUCGAAGACCAAACUGCAGAGCUUUGGCCUGAUAGAAAGCUGGAGGGGAGCGGCACAGAGAUGUAGGCGCAAGUAGGGAAUUCUGAUUGGGAAACCGUCAGAGCUGGCAAGGGGCUUUGUGGAGGCCCGGUGGAAGCCUGAUGUUCAUUGCAGCUUCCAGGAAGGCUGUGCUGAUGGCACCGAUGUCAAGAUACUAUUUCACAUGAGCUAACUAUGCGGACCAAUUCGUCUAGGUAGGCUUCACACGAUCAAACCAGGGUUUGCAAGGAGAAAGGUUGGAUAGCGAGUCGUGGGGGGGGGAGGCAGGGUGGGCGGGGGAGGCAGGGGGGGCGGGGGGUCGGAGAGGGAGUUGCAUCUAUAGGGCAGCGGCUAUCAAUGGUCAAGGAGAGAGAUGGUGAGCGCGGGCCAGCAACUGUGUUUUGGAAGUGGACAAGGUUGAGCCGUGAGGGAGGUGAGGAGGAAGAGUGGUGCAGUGUGGAAGGAGAAUGACAGAGACGAUGAGCUGUCAGUUCAAAAGGCUACCAGCAUUGGGCAGGACAUAACGCUGUGCGUUCUGCCGUGUAAAAACGGAGUUAAUGGGAUGCCAUGAGAAGGUAUAGCACAUCAAGUAGCCAGUGGUGUAUUUCAGUGGCCAAUUGAAAUCUUCCUCCAUGUGCGUGUCAGUACUUGUGGCGCAUUAAUACCUUCGCACUUACUGGGCAACGGACGGGUCUAUUACUUUGCAGCUGUCCCUUUUCUAGAUCUUCACUCUUUCUGAUACUGUCUUCUCGAACACUUGAGUUGACGAGGUAAAGGCACAGGUAAUCCGUUGCGAUGGAGGAAGGAGAAGGCAAGGCAUAAGUGGCACCACAAAUGACCCAAUUGCAGGGUGUGGUCAAAAGUGACAUAUGUUGUGCUGCACGAUAUGCGUAACAAACUUUGGUAGUUCAACAACUCUGAGGAGCCAGCCAAUGAGAUGAUUUGGCACUGCAGUGUGUAAGCUGAGGGAAGUAGAGUUGGGUAAACAGGCUUAGGCUAUAAUAUUAUGAUUAUUCCUGCUUUUAUAGUAUGAUAUGGUGUUCACUCUUUUGUUGGCCGAAAGCUGUCCAAAUAUGAUUUCCACAUGAUUCAAUAGGUAUUUUUGGUUGCCUCGUUGGAGUGGCGUUCCCUCUUUUCAUGGGACUGGAAGCCUUGAUGGAGGUGGCUUUGGGUACGCUCUCCUUGUCUCUCCCUCUCUUUGCUUUCAUUUCUCUGUUUGGAUGGAGGUGAAGAAUCUGGUGGAGGCGGCUUUGGGUAUGCUCUCCUUGUCUCUCCCUCUCUUUGCCUUCGUUUCUCUCUUUGGGAUGGAGGUGAAGAAUCUGGUGGUUUUUCAUGAUGAUCUUCAGGCUGUGGGCCGUGCUUGUGCGCAUCCUAACCUGUGGUCUGCAACACUCCAGACCGGAGGGUGGUGAACACAUCAGCAGGUUUCGAAUGCUGGAAGUACGAGGCCGUGUUUUUAACCGAGGGCAGAAAAAGUGGAUGAACUUUACGAAGGGCAGGUAGAGGAGGUUUCCUUUUGUUAUAUCUGUCUGGAUUAGCCUUCAAAGGAUAGCUGCAGAAUGGCCCGCUCACUGGGAAUGCACUGUGACCUCUCGCUACGAGGAGUGGAUCUUGACAUCCCAUGCUCUUCAUUUUCUGAGACAAACGUGGUACAGUCAUGUCAGCAGCGGGUUGUGGUUGAGAGCCUUUCUGCAUGUGCUCAUGGACGGGAGUGCCCUCGCAUCCGCACGGUCUCGUCCAGAAGUUUUCAAGGAAGCGGCAAGGCAGAUGCAUCACGACAGGGUUUUGGUUAUUAUUGCAAUGGUUCUUUGCCGUUCUGGUCUGCAAGACACUGCAGCGCUCAAAGUGGUGGGUCCAUAGCGGUGGCUCUGUGUGCAUGGGACGAUUCUGGUGCAUGCUUGCCGUGUAUGCCAGCAGCAGACCUGUGCAAAGACCAGAAAUUUCCUUUGUCCACGCGUCGGGCCGUUUGGAAGGUUGUGGCAUCUCAGAAGACAGAUUUGACCUCCAGAAAUGUUGCCCUGGAAGCGGCGGAAGGUGGGGCCUCUGUGGGUAAGCUGGGAAAGGAUGGGAGUGGCAGUAAUGGGAGCUCCUGUUCCAGUAUUGGGUUGAUGGCAGGCCAACAACAGGAGCAGAGAAGAUUAGGAAGACAAUCGGGAAGGCUUAUCGACAACGGUUUUGUUUACAGUGAGACCUUUUUCAUCAGAUGUUACGAGGUGGGGGUGGAUCGAACUGCGAGGAUUGAUACUAUUGCCAAUCUUUUGCAAGAGGUGGCUGUGAAUCAUGCUCGAUGUGUUGGUUUCACCGAUAACGGCUUUGGGACAACACCUGCAAUGAGGCAGAAGCGGCUGAUAUGGGUGACAACAAGGCUUCAUGUCGAGAUGCUGCAUUACCCGGCAUGGGGGGAUGUUGUGGAGAUCCAGACCUGGUUGCAGCAGGAGGGGAAGGUAAAUGCAAGGCGCGACUGGGUAAUCUCCGAUGCGAGAACGGGACAGUUGGUGGGGCGUGCAACCAGUGCUUGGGUAAUGAUGAGUCAAGACACCCGUCGUUUGGUCCGCAUUCCCGAGGAGGUCAAGGCUGAGUACCUACAGUACUGCUUUCCUCACAGACAUGCCAUCAAGGACAAGAGUGCAAGUGGAAGGAAGAUCGAACGCUUGGAAGAUCCUCCAGAGUUUGCAAGGGCUGGGUUGCAGGUCCGACGAAGCGAUCUUGAUAUGAACCAACAUGUCAACAAUGUCACGUAUGUUGGGUGGAUGAUUGAGAGUAUCCCAUUGGAGGUCCUGGACAACUUUGAGCUGCUUAAUCUCACUCUGGACUAUCGGUGUGAGUCAGUUGGCGAUGAUGUGAUCGAGUCACUGACAAGCCUAGAGGUGGCUAGUCCGGAUUGUCCUUUAGCACAGAAUGAGGUACUAGAUAGCCAUCUGGCGUGGUUGUACACUUCAUCGCCAUCGAUAUCCUCCAAUCAAAUAUCAUGUCAGAAUCACCUUGGCAAGGCACCAAUGGAUAGAACAGGUUUAUUUGGAAGCGGUAGCCAGACGAGCAGUAGACAGAGUCACCAAACUUCUGUUUCAUCGAUGAACACUGAUGCAAGUGGUAAUCCCCAACUGUCUAUAAGUGGGCAGGAUGGAGCAAGGCCCAACAACCAUCAUCGGACUGUGGCAGGCAAACAUUGGAACGGGGGUCUUGAGGACAAAGGAAGAACUCUGCAAUUCCUUCAUUUGUUAAGGUUGCAGAAUGAUGGGAAAGAACUCGUACGUGGACGAACCCUGUGGCAAAAGCGCAAAGACAUUUGAUUGUCUGUUGGCUAGCAAAGUGAGCACAGCAGUUGUCCACGGUGGGUGAUAAUAGCAAGAGAUGUUGGCCACCAUGCAAACAUGUUAGUUAUCUUUGCCAGUGGAAUGGUGGGGAAGUGAAAUUGAAAGGUUGCCGACUCGAUGUUGUUUUUGGCACACUGUGGUGACAUACAGAUUGGAAACUUGAAUUCCAUUGUGAGGAUGGCAGGCUGACACUAGUAGGCGCUUCCUUCUGUGAGUUUUGUCACUUCCUUCUUGACAAGACAGAAUAAAGUUUGGAGCGUAGGUGACGGGCGAUCUACCAGCCAUUAUAUGGAUGGGCUACUUGGCCAUGUCAGUAAGCCAUUCUCAUUCUGUGAGGUUCAUGUCAGAAGGCUAGGGUGAUUUCCACGUGUCGAUUGUUCAGAUGGUCCAUUACAGUUAAUAAAGUGAGUUUGGUGGGAACACUGCAUCACGUUCACCGGAAGAAGAUUUGAUUUGAUGUCAUUUGAUUUAAGUUUACUGAUUGGAUUGAUUGAAAUGUAGUCUGUAUCCGCUCAGGCAGGAUUGAGGACCAAGGGAGUUGUGCGGAGGCCGGGGGGGGGGGGGGGGGGGGGGGGGGGGGGGGGGGGGGGGGGGGGGGGGGGGGGGGGGGGGGCGGUGUGAGUCUUGGAGAGGGAAGGAAGGUGUGGCUAAGUAACCCUUAACCCCCCUUAGUUGGAGUGGGAGGGUUCUGAGGAAUGAGAGAAGGUGCUUGGGUGUUGCCUUUCUUUAUUGCUUGGGUUGUCUCAUGGCUGAAAGGCGCUUGAAUGUUGUAAUGCGCAGAGGGUCUUUUGGUCUGGAAAGGGUCGUCGCUAUGUUCUCGCCUGUCAAAGUACUAGAAGGCCUCUGUGAUUUUUGUUUUAUUUUAAAGUUAUUACCUUUUCUGAAAUUAGACUCCUCUGAAAGCUCUCUGUUCCCAGGCUUGGAUUUGGGUGGGUUGCUUUCAAUGCCGUUAAUUUCUUUGUUGGGUUGCUUUCCUAUUCCCGAAUGUCUUGAACUCCCAUUUGCUUACAGUGCCUGGCGUGUUCUUCUGUCUAUGGCAUCAGUAAGCCUGCUUGCCAUGUGUGCUUCAAUUGCUUGUCAUCUUAAUCCUCUGGUUGCAAUUAUUAGCUACUAAAAACUACGAAGUUUAUUGGCCGGGGGGAGUUGUGACUGCUUCUUAAUUGUAUGAUCCUGGUAUGGUCGGUGGAGAUUCAGUCUAAAAUCC